AUGCAUGCUACAAUACGAGUACUAGCAAGGUCUGCUUGGAAGGGACCAAAUAUCGUUCCACUGCCUUUAAGGGAAGCAAUGUCAAAAGGGACGCCAAUCAGAACGAAUGCACGUUCUGCCACAAUACUUCCUCAGUUUGUUGGACUAAAAUUUCAGAUACAUAAUGGUAAAGAAUAUGUUCCAUUAGAAGUCAGUGAAGAUAUGGUCGGUAGAAAACUAGGGGAGUUUGCACCAACAAGAAAGAGACUCACAUUCACAAAGAAAUGA